AUGAAGCUUCUCGCAACUCUGAUCGCUCUCUCAAUUGGCGUUUCUCAGGUAGCCGCCUUGGCGAUACCUCGUUCUAUGGCCUCAGGCCCAGUCGCCGAAGAAGCCGUGCCUACCUAUGACAAGAGAUCUAUGGCUUCGGGCCCUGUCGCUGAAGAAGCGGUUCCCACAUAUGACAAGAGAUCCAUGGCCUCCGGCCCUGUCGCUGAAGAAGCCGUGCCUACCUACGACAAGAGGUCUAUGGCCUCUGGCCCUGUUGCUGAAGAGGCAGUCCCUACCUAUGAUCGCAAGUGA